GCGACGGCUUGAGUCUUCAGGAUGCUGUAGAUGUUGACAGCGCUUCGUCAUAUCUUUGGUACCGUGGGUCUGGACCAGAAACACUCUCUCUCUCUCUCUCUCACACACACACACACACACACACACACACACACACACACACAGAGAGAGAGAGAGAGAGAGAGAGAGAGAGAGAGGCUCAUGGCGGUUGAGGCUGCUUUCCUCAUGUGUGAAGUGGACUGUUUGUUUUGUAGAGGCGCGUUUGUCCUUGCUUGCUGGUAUGACAGCAGCACUGGCUCCCUUGCUCUUUGUACAGCGGGAGGGAAUCGUCCAGAGAGGGACCGCACUAACCUUUCUCUGCCCGUAUGAUUGGUUGGCUGUGACUGUUGUUGUUAGUUUUAGAUGUGAAAGAAAAGGGGGAAUAUGCACAGGGUUAUAGUGAGUGUAACGGCCCUGAUGUUGGGAAGAGAAAGCAGUCGUGCACACACGAUAGGGAUUACAAUUGUAGUGGUGUUUGUGUGGGUGAAACCACGUCGCAGUGCCUCUUGUACAGUUAGUUUUUCCGAUUGCCUGCCUUGUCUUUUCUCGUCCCUCACUGAACGCACGCCAUGCGGUCAAGUCAAGGCUUUUGAUGGGUUUUGAUGGGUCCCUGAGCGCACCGAAGUGUUUGUGGCCGGAACUCACGUACAGCUGGCACCUAUGAGCUGUGUACCUAUUAGGGAGAGCCUUCUGACGGAUGCAAGGAGCAACAUUAUCGCAUUAUCAAUAAUAAGGGUUAACCCAGUCAUCGUCAGGACGGUGUUCGAGGAGAGGUUUUCUAAGGUGAGCUAGAUCGAGAUGGAUGUUCAAGGUAGGCCAUGCAGGACAGUCAGCAGGGAGGAGAUAAAACCUGCAUUGACCGGUACUCAGAGUGUGCCGUGCAUACGAGCCCUGGCUGUCUGGGUGAAGCUGCUAUUUAUAUGUUGCUCCACAUGGAGGAGAUAGAGUCAGGGUGGUGGGGAGUCCAGAGGGUGACGAGACUGAGGGGUAGAAGGAGAGGGUGAGGAGGAGAGAGUGAGGAGGAGAGGGUGAGGAGGAGAUUGUGAGGAGGAGGAGAUUGUGAGGAGGAGGAGAUUGUGAGGAGGAGGAGAGGGUGCGGAGGAGGAGAGGGUGAGGAGGAGGAAGAGACUGAGGAGGAGAGGGUGAGGAGGAGGAGAGGGUGAGGAGGAGGCUGAGGGUGAGGAGCCAGGAGGUCGAGGAUAGGAUAGGGGAAGUGGAAGAGAGGGAGGAGGAGACAUUACAUGUAGAUACAGGAGGAAUGGGAGGCAGCGAAGCGCAAAUAAUGGUUACGUUUGUGUGAGUCUGUUUGGCAUGGAUGGGGGUUGGUGAACUAGAGGCAUAGAUGGACUCUGGUGGUAGAAUCUGGUUUGUUCCCUGGUUGGUGCGCCAACUUGGCCUGGAAUUCCAUUAGCGAGGAAAAGAGACACUGGCCAUGACUGAUGCGCAUCUCGUGCACGCGUGGCAAAUGAUGGCUGCCUCUGGAACAUUGUUUUCCUGUUAGCAAUCGAUUAUCCUGUCUGCCGUUGUCAUCCUCAUGCUAGCCGCGACUUGGAUUUGUUAGAUUCCGCUUUUGUCAGAUAGACAUAUUCAGUACGGAGGCAUGUGAAGGGUUAGAUCGAAUCUUCAAAAUCGCUUUUGCUUACCGGAUGUUGUUUGCUGAAAGAAUGUACACGCGGCAUUACAAACAUAAGGUAACCGUCAGGGUCAGCAAGAAGCCACAGUCAAGUCUUGCGAACUCUUGUUGUGGUCCUUAAUGCAGCAAAUGCUUCCGAGAAAGGUCUGUGAUCGGCUUGGAUCCUCUGUGCAGGCAGGCCUGCACACACACACACACACACACACACACACACAGAGAGAGAGAGAGAGAGAGAGAGAGAGAGAGAGAGAGAGAGAGAGAGAGAGAGAGAGAGAGAGAGCAUCAUUGGUGUUGUAGUCGUGGUGAGUAGUGGGGGUGAGUGCUAAUUGAUCUCAGUGGAAGAGCUGGGCGCAGUUAUCUUUGGUAUGACCUGGUCGGGGUACGGCUAGGAUCAGGUGUUGAUUGCUUUGGGGAAACAGUUGGAUGAUGGCAUCAGUCAUAAGUCGGGCGCAAUCCAGGCAAAGUUGGUCAGCUUGGCUUGAAUCAGGUUGACUCAGUGGUAUGACCUGGUCAGGGUACGGCUAGGAUCGGGUGUCGAUUGCUUUGGGGAAACAGUUGGGUGAUGGCAUCAGUCAUAAGUCGGGCGCAAUCCAGGCAAAGUUAGUCUGCUUGGCUUGAAUCAGGUCGACUCAUCGCUGGCUUCAUAGUGUGCAAUUUUGGAUGGUGUUGGUGGCCAGCCAGGGCACUCUGCAAUUGGUGUAAUCAUGGUUGUGUUGAAGGCCACCGCUGCCGAGGUCUGUGGUUUGUGGGAGGGCAAGGGUAUCGACUUGACGGAAGUGGAUACGCUGUUGGAAAGCGUGGCAUCAUUGUCGGUACUUGGAAAUCUGUUUCCGCAUACGCUGUCAAGCCGAAAUGCUGCAGAUGAAUGGCUGGUUGUCGGACUGACUAUCUGGUUGGCUGGCCAAGUGUUUCGGCAGAGGGAUGGUAUUUCAUAGUGACGGCGCAUUGUGUUCCCCCCUCUGAGCGAUAUCGCUGACGAUAUUGUGACAUGGUCGGUCAGGCCGAUUCGUGUACAAGGGAGUCUGAACUGCCAUGCAGGUUUCAUGUUUGACCGGCAAAGGGUUUUGGCAUAUUGGCUGUUGCAGGCUGGCAUCGGUGCUACUUGGAGAAUGGCUGCAGUCAUGGUGCCCAGACGACUAACGUGGUUGGUGGACAUGCUGCGGAUGUCGGGACACGGUGGAGUAACGAAGGGCCAGACAAUCAGUUUGUCGUUUUCUGGCAGAUGGUGGGUGAACGACCAGACCUGUGCUACAGGUAGUUGGGCAUAAGAUCAAUUUCAUUCACUCUUUGAGCGACCGAUGUUGAGAAAUGAGAGCACGGCUAUUGCACGAGUGUUGUGUUCGUGCCCUUCGGCAAUCGUUGCCAACCCUAUGAAGACCAUUGCACGGCGAUCAGAUCAGACAUAAGUUACCUGCAACCAGAGAGUGGGUUUGUUGUUACAGCAGGCGAUGAAAAGAAGGAUAUUCAAGCCUGAGCUGAACAUCAAGCGAAGUCCGUCUUGUUCUUAUCAAAUGGGUUCUGAGAGCAGUGGACUGCCGUCUUCACGGUCAUUAUCGCUGCAUAUGGAACUGAGAGUUGACCCAAAUACAGCAAUAACGACCGGGCGUUUUAUUUGGGUGAAGACGGUAGUGUCUACCAUACAAGUCAUCCAUCCUUUGGCAACCGUUGCCUGAUGCGAAGAAGCGGCCGUUGGAGCAUGGGCAGGAGGAAGUUGGUUGAUGUCAGCUGUUAAUCCGCGCAGGGCGUGACAAGGUAGGGUGGACUGGUGAACGGGUAGCCGUGUCAUGGGCGUGACUGAAAUGCUGUUGACAAGGGGCGUCACCUUUCGGCAGUCAGCAUUCAAUGCCCAGGUCAUCAUGGAGAGGGGGAUGGGCCAGCCUCUUUAAUCAGGUAUGUCGGGCCGUGACCAUGCGGUCUGCAUUUUUGCCUCAAGAAGGGUGGAGUGAUGUUUACCUGGGGGAGUGGUAUUGCCUGUUGUUAGACAAGACGUGCAACAGGGAAAUGUUCUUGUGGGAGCUGUGCAUCCCACAGAAGAGUUAGAUUGAUGAUGAACUGGCCUUAGGGUGUUAUUCAGAUGAUGAUGAUGAUGAUGAUGAUGAUGUAUCUGGUGCUGGGAACAACACUGUAUGUCAGAAAUUGUGUGCAGAAUCUGCAGAUAGAAGAGCAAAUAUCACUCAGCAUGUCCUUAGGAGGCGAGGUGUACAUGUUGUAGUUAAUCUCCAGCGGUAGUCUGUCUAUAAUCUGUCUUCCCUGUCUUCUUAUCUCAGUCAAAAAAGUCAAAACAUAAAUAUCUGACUGAUGUAACGGCUUGAUUUCUCUCUCUGAUUUGGCGGCUAGUUAGGGCAUGGUGUGACCAGGCAGGCCGGUCGGUGUUGUAUAGGAGCUGUUUUUGGGUGCCGUCGGGCUGUGUGGGUGUGGCAUAGGCUUGUGCUCUGUGCGAGGUAAGAACAAUGAAUCGGCUAGAAUUUU